GUGCUGACUAAGCAGAGCUAAUCCUAAUUAGGGAAUACUUAUGAGUUACUUGAGUAACUCGUGAGUAUUUGAGUAUGAGUACGAGGAUUUAUCGUACUGAUGAGUAUGAGUACGUGCUAAUACUCACGAGUAUACUCGAGUUUCUAACCCUGACCCCAAGAGCUGGCAUUACUACGCCGCAAAAAUGCCAAUUUUUCAAUCUAUUAGCUUUAAAUAGAAGUUAAUACUAUGGGUAUUCGUUUCCUCGUAGGCAGCUCAGUCAGUUGGUGAUAUGGACCAUUCGGUGAGUUGUGGUCUGUGUGCUAAGAGAGGCGUCAGGGAAGGAACACCGAUAGCUCUGGUCCCUUCCAAAUUAAGAGCCGAUAAGGAUAACAAAACUCGAGGACAACCUCCAACCAUCCAUCCGCGUCGUUUCCACAUCCAAAGGCUUGAAUUGACCCCCGGUGGCGUACAAAGUCCUGCCUUUGCUCUAAAUUGCACCCGAAAUGGCAGACAUAAUGGCUAGUAUAGCGCUCCCUCAACGACCAAUAAUCCCAGUCAAGAAAGCACAUCGGAAACGCAAAAGUGACCAGGAUAAUGCACGGACAGGCCAGCACGACCAGAAGAGGCCAGUUCAAAAUGAAGCUUCUGACGACUGGUGGACAGAGAUUAUACACCAGCACCACACCCUCCUAACAUCGCACUCCCGCAUCCUCUCCGCGAUCCUCAAGACCUCACCGCCUGCCUCGGCGCGACACGAUACAAUCUCUAAAUUCUUGACAAAUACGAAGGAGAUGCUAGGGCAAGUGGGCGGCGUGGAAAACAACACGAAGCGGCGGCGCAGCGGCGGGUCAGAGGUCUUGAGGGAGCGUGGCGCGAAGCGAAGGAAUGCAGUGGAAGAGGAGGAGCUGUUAAGCCCGAGCCCGAGCGGAGAGGAGGGCGGGACUGCGUCGCAUUCUGUGCCGCUACAAGGAGGGAAGAAGAUGGGGGUGGAGCGGGUGUCGCCUCCGGAGGAGGUGGAAGUGGAGGUUGAUGAUCUUCGAGCGGAAGUGGAGGCGCGGCUGAAAGUGAAGGAGAGGGCGAAGCUGAAGAUGAAAGAGGGGAGUAAGAAGAGGAGGAGGCGAAGUAGCACACUCGAGGCGGAUGAGAGGAAGAAGGAGAAGAGGGUUAAGAGGGAGAGUUUCGGAAAGAAGAGGGGGUCGCCUGAGGCGGAGGUGGAGGGGAAGGAGGACAGGAUGAAACGGAGGAGGGUUACAUGAAAUUAAUGUUGAUCGAGGAAGUGGAGGCGAGUUAUACCCUGGCUUCAAUGUCUGUAUAUAAUCGCAUAGGGAGUGUAUGAGUGGUUGAUACCGGGAGAAGGGUAUAUUCCAUACUGUACACAUUACUACAAGCCCUGCCAGAUAACCCCAUCCCGAGCUACGCUCUUAUAUACACUUCUAGCUCAUUGUUGUCGUAAACUCUGAUCAUACAGCUCCUCCUCAUCCCAUCCGCACCUAUUUAUCUCCCUUCCCCCAAGUCCACACAUCCCAAAUCUGAUCCAUAAUCAAAUCCCCAUACCCCUUCCCCUCCUCCGCCGCCUUCUUCUCCCUCUCAUCCCUCUGCGCCUUCCACCCCUCCUUGGGCCUACUAUCCGUCGCACUGGCCAACACUUCUCCCAACCUGAUCCUCUCCUGUAACCGCUUCUUCUCCUCCGCCCUCUCAGCCAUAAACCCCGCUGCAGAAAACUUCGCCCGGUCAACUAUUGUCCUCCCUGUGUAAUCUCCCACUAAGUAGUUCCCGCUCAACCCCGUCGACGCCAGCGCCGCGAUGGUGUAGACGUCCAUCUUGCGCGGUGG